AUGCAUAAAGACAUACUCAAAGUUGUACUAAUAGGAGACGGUGGAGUAGGCAAGACUAGCCUUCGAAAUCAAUAUAUUCAUAAAAAGUUCACCAAUGCAUAUAAAGCCACUAUAGGUGCAGAUUUCAUAACAAAAGAGGUUGAAACAGAUGAUGGAAAGAAAGUCAUGAUGCAGAUAUGGGAUACAGCAGGACAAGAGCGAUUUCAGUCGUUAGGUGUUGCUUAUUACCGAGGAGCCGAUGCAUGCGUGAUGGUUUAUGAUGUUAAUAAUUACUUGUCUUUUCAACAUUUAGAAAAAUGGAGGGAGGAUUUUUUGAAACAAUCAGCUCUACCAGCAGAGGAAGCUAAAAACUUUCCAAUGAUAAUUAUUGGAAAUAAGAUCGAUAUUGAUGACAGAGUUGUAUCUAGAAGACAGGCAAGAGCGUGGGCAGAGAUCCAUUCAAAUGAAAAGAUGCAAAUACCUUGUUUUGAGACAAGUGCAAAGAAUGGAGAUAAUGUCGAAAAGGCAUUUACGCAGAUAGCCAAGAUGGUCAAAAUACCUCAGCUAGAAUUGGACAUGAAUGAGAAUGGUUCGUUUUCAUUAACAAACGAAUCCUUAAAGAAGACCAGUUAUACAAAUACUCCAUGUUGUUGA